AUGGGUGUGCAGAAGCUGAUAAAGGACUGUGAGGCCAAGGUGAGGGCCGCGGACUCCCACAAGGUGAAAGCGUUCUGCGAGAACCUCUCUGCAGAUUGUCGGGAGAAAGUGAUCAUGACCCAGAUCUUGCUGUGCAUCAAGGAACUGGGGUCAGAUGCCAACCAGCACGUGAAGUCUGCCCUGGCCUCUGUCAUCAUCGGCCUCUCUCCCCUUCUGGGCAAAGACAACACCAUUGAUCACCUCCUGCCACUCUUCCUGGCCCAGCUGAGGGACAGGUGCCUUGAGGUGCGGCUGAACAUCAUCUCCAACCUGGACUAUGUGAAGGAGAUUUUCGCCAUCCGGCAGCUGUCCCAGUCGCUUCUGCCAGCCAUCGUGGAGCUAGCCCAGAACGCCAAGUGGCGGGUGCAUUUGGCCAUUAUUGAGUACAUGUUCCUGGUGGCUAGGCAGCUGGGAGUGGAAUUCUUUGAUGAGAAACUCAACUCAUUGUGCAUAGCAUGGCUGGUGGACCAUGUCUAUGCCAUCUGUAAGGCAGCCACCAGCAACCUCAAGAAGCUGGUGGACAAGUUCAGGAAGGAGUGGGCCCAUGCCACCAUCAUCCCCAAAGUGCUGGCCAUGUCUGGAGACCCCAACUACCUGCAUCGCAUGACCAUGCUCUUCUGCAUAAACGUUCUGUCAGAGGUGUGCAGGCAGGACAUCACCACCAAGCACAUGUUGCCCACCGUUGUUCGAAUGGCAGGGGACCCCGUCGCCAAAGUCCGCUUCAAUGUGGCCAACUCCCUGCAGAAGAUCAGGCCCAUCCUCCACAACAGCACCCUGCAGAGCGAGGUCAAGCCAGUCCUGGAGAAUCUGACCUAG